AUGAAGUUGAGCCUCGGAGCACUCACAAGUUUGAAAAAGCCAAAAGAACGUCCUUCCGCAGCCCAGUCACCAUGCAAUCGUUUGUCUGCGGAAAUCGAACAUUACAUUAAAUAUCUUGUUAUUGACGGCGAUGAAUAUCCAUUGAAGUGGUGGCAACGCAAUGAAGAACUUCCACUUUUAAGCCAACUUACCAAAAGGUAUUUGGCCAUUCAAGCCUCUAGUUCCCUGUCGGAACAUCUUUUUAGUAAGGCACAACUUGUCAGCAUGCCCGCACGUGCACAGUUAAAACCGGAAAAGGUUGACAUGCUCGUUUUCUUGGCGGAAAACUU